CGAGCAAGCAACAGUGGACAAAACAAAUCCUUUGAGCCAACUAGAAUGGACAUUAUGCCAUCUCAAUCGAUUGUGCACCAUCCCUUUAAUAUAGUAGUCAAUACUGCCAUGGCCAAUUCCUCGGACAACUCCACACCCACUUCGCCAGUGACACCGACCAUUGUAUCGCCCACAGCAACAGUCGAUGCAAAUUCCUCUACUGCCAUAAAUGGACGUGAGGCCCGAAAUUUGGCCGAAAAACAACGUCGUGACAAAUUGAAUGCCAGCAUAAAUGAAUUGGCCAAAAUGGUGCCACAUGUGGCCAAUUGUCCACGACGUCCCGACAAAACUGCAGUAUUACGAUAUGCCACUCAUGGCCUGAGACUGCAGUAUGUCUUUGGAAAGGCGGCAGCCGCUCGUAAACGGGCCCUAUUUAUAGGUGAUACUCACGACGCGACCGAUGCCCUAUUGCAGCUAAUCGAUGGCUUUUUUAUAACACUCACCUGUCACGGACAAAUUGUAUUGAUUUCUUCAAGGGUUGAAGAACUCUUAGGUCAUUGCCAGUCCGAUUUGUACGGGCAGAAUUUAUUGCAAAUUACCCAUCCUGAUGAUCAUGAGCUGCUGAGACAACAACUUAUACCCAAUGAUAUUGAGUCUUUAUUUAUGGAUUACCAUCACCACCAUCACCAUGACCACAAUGAUAUACACAACGAUGAUAGCUAUUUGAAAGAAAUUGAUGAAAAGUUACGCUUAGAUAAGAGAAGUUUUACAGUGCGUCUGGCGCGAGCCUCAACACGUUCCGAAUCGAAAAAGGUCUAUGAAUUUGUUAAAAUCGACGGUAGCUUUCGGCGCAGUGAUUAUUCGGCAAUAUCAACAGGUGCUAGCAGUUAUCCCAUUGUAUCACAGUUAAUACGCCGGUCACGCAGUGCAUCUUCGGCGCACAUGAAUGCUGCAGGUGGUGGCGGCAACGGUGUUGGUAGUGUAGGGGGAACAAUGGAUGGUGCCGCUACAUUUAUACCACAUCUAUUACCGCAUGAUGCCAUAGCGCAGGCCGCAUUACAUGGUGUUAGCGGUAAUGACAUUGUUCUUAUUGCAAUGGCCCGCAUUAUACGACCGGCGAAAAUAAUUAAUUAUCCAUUGGAAGCUAAUCGUUUAGAAUAUAAAACGCGACAUUUAAUCGAUGGACGUAUUAUUGAUUGUGAUCAUCGUAUUGGUUUGGUAGCUGGUUAUUUACAAGAAGAGGUUCGCAAUUUAAGUCCCUUCUCAUUUAUGCACCAAGACGAUGUACGUUGGGUAAUUGUUGCCCUUCGGCAAAUGUACGAUUGCAACAGUGAUACCGGCGAAAGUUUUUAUCGUCUGCUUUCACGAAAUGGCAAUUUUAUUUAUCUACGAACGCGAGGAUAUUUAGAAAUCGAUCGCCAGACAAAUAAGGUUCACUCAUUCGUCUGUGUCAACACCCUGCUGGACGAAGAAGAGGGUCGUAGAAAAGUGCAAGAAAUGAAAAAUAAAUUUUCAAUUAUCAUCAAUGCCAAAGUUCCGACAGGAACAGUGCAAGAUGCUACCGCCUCACAGAAUCCACAACAGUUGGAGAAAAUAGUUUUAUAUUUAAUAGAAAAUUUACAGAAGCGACAAACAAAUACCUGUGUUGUGGACGAGAUACAUUCAGAGGAUGAUGUUAAACGGCAUACCAGUACACCGCCAUUGGCAUUGGUGCCGCCCGAGCCAUCAUCGGUGAAAACUUCAAUAUCCAAAUCGGUUAGUGUGGUAAUAGCAACGGCAGCAAAGAGUCUAGUCUUGAAAUCCAAUGCCCAACAACAUAGUCCAGGAGGAUCAGGCGGCUGUGCAACACCUACAGCCUCUGAGGAUGGUGACCAGGCAAAUACAUCAAACGAAACAAUAGAUACUGGUUAUGAGUCGCCAACAACAACAGCGCCACAUCGUCCCAGUGUCUUACAGAUGCGUAGCAACAGUAGCAGUAGUAACAACAACAGUCGUAGUAUGUGCCAAGAUGCCAAUGCAACUGAAACCCGUAUCCCUCCUCACACACCUGAAAAUUUUGAAACUGCUCAAACAACAACAAAAAUAAUAAUGCAAAGAACGCAGACACAACAACAACCUGAUAGAUAUAAUUCUCAAAAAACAACAAAAACAGCAGUUUUAAAACGUUUGCAUUCAGAUACAAUUGAAAGUGGUGGUGGUGGUCAUCCUGCCACAAAGCGACGUCUCUCCCGAUUAUCACCAUUAUCUUGUAUGUCUGAAACAACAAUGUCCUCACCUCAUUCAACAACAUGUAUUUCUCCUGCCAUCAAAAGUGAUAACAGUUCAGAUAUUCACAAUUUCAUAUCCGAUUCAUUGCGCCACGUUGGCGAAUCUUUGAAUCGCAUUGACGUCCAAACAUCAAAUUUGCUGCAACAUCGCGGUACCAUGGCCACACAACUCAAUAGCCAAUUGGAUGCCAUUAUUGUGGAACAACAACAACAAAAUGAGUUUUUAGUGAACAUAAAAAAUGAAUAUGAUGUUUAUAAGGAACAAUUUAUAAAAACAUCGCCUAAUCGAACAGAAGAAGAUCUAUCUUCGUCGGAUAAUUGUUAGUUAUAUUAA